AUGUUGGUCUACCUCGACGACGUCAUUAUUUUGUAUUUGGUAACGUUUCUCUAUCCGGCCAGUGGCAUAUUGACAACAGAGGUACCUAGAGAUUUCCAACCAGCGACAAGUUUACAAUCUCCGCCCAUUGGUUACUUACCAACUACGAACACCGUGUCCCCAAAACUUUCGCAACACGCUGUUUUCGCCAACCAUGCCUUGGACAAUGGCUUGGAAGACGUCGGGGCCUCAGGUAGAGGUUUUACAGAAAGACAAACACAAGCCGGGUAUUCAUACCUGAAACCACUAUUGAUCGACCUCAAGUUACCGUCCAGAGAUCAGAAGAUUAAAUCAAUCACCGAUAAGCAAAGAACGGCGAAGCAGGUGCAAACGAGCCACGGAAUAUCGACAACUGGCACGGUUAAAACGUCGAUAAAUGGUGGGUCGAGGCUGCGAUCCAGGGUCGAACAUCAUCCCCACGUUCCUCAACGAUCUUCCUCGUAUCAAGUUGUGGAAGAGCGCGAUGAAUACCUAACGGACGAUUCGGAUCAUGCAGGAUUGGUCUAUCGUGGGAAGGCUCAGACGACGAAUCCCCAUCGUAAUUCGCAAGACAUAACGACGGUCAUCAAAGCUCUCGAUCACUUCCUGAGCGGGAUUCUAAACGAUGAUAGUUACAACAGCGAGCUACAUCCACCGCCCAAUCCUGUUUUAGCCCUGGUCCUAUCUCGAUAUGGCCGCUACGUGCUCGGGGCACGAAACCCUCGCGUGUACGCGCACAUGGCCGUAAACAACAUACACAACAACAAACCGUUUGGUAGCUAUAAGCUCGAAUGCGACCAAGUGCCCACCUACGUUCGCAGAUAA